AUGGAACUCUAACCAAAGUAUCAAAACUUUUAUCAAUUACUCUAUUGUACAACAAUUAUUAUGCUUUGUUACACUUUCUAAAAUGCAGGAAAAAGCAUUUCUUAUAAUAUUUAUAAUUCGGUAUUGUUAAUCUUAUAUACAGUAAGGGCUAACAUUUCUUUAUUCCAUGUAAUUUACUAUCAACUAUUUCAUAUCUCCUAUAGCUUUGCUUUUUAUGGAUGCAAUCAUCUAAAAAUUAUCUAUGAGCACUGUUCUGUAUUUAGGAAGCUAUAAUGCUUUUGCAUUUUUAUUAGGAGCUUUUGUAGUAUCUUCUUGUUAACAAGCUGAUUUAUUUUAUUGUAAUGUAAAUACAUUAACAAUUGCCAUUGCUAUAGAAACUUUAUUAGGAGGAGUGGCAUCUUGUUUAUUUUUUGUAGGAUAUCCAAUCUAUAUCAAUUCAAUUUCUAAUCCUUAGAAUAAAUCAUAUUAUUUUGGUAUUGGUUAUUCGAUAUAUUCUAUAUCAAGCUUUUCUGGUAACACGAUAGGAUAUUUUACUUCAACGAAAAUAGAGCCAUUUUAUUAUUAUUCAAUUUUAAUAUUAGGGUUAGGAAUAACAUAAUUAUUUUUGUUUAAAGUAAAGGAUUUAAGAGAUAGAAGUUAAAUAGUAAAAUAAUCAUUUAAAAAAAUGUUUAAGUAACAAAUUGAAUAAUUAAAAAAUGCAUUUAAUAAUAAAGAUUAUUAAGUUUUUGUUCCUUUUUUAAUAUUUUGUAGUAUGCUAUAGGGAUGUUAUUUUACAUUUUUACCAGCUCUUUUGAAACAUGUAUAAGAUGGGAUUACAAUAAAUGAACAUACUUUUUUGCUUUAUUUGAUCGGAGGUGUUGGAAUGAUGUUAGGUGGAAUAGGAGCAGGUAAAUUAUCUUAGAAGGCUAAUUUAUUUAUAGUAGGUUGGUGUUAAAUUUUGUUUGCAAGUAUUUUUGUAAUUUUAGGAAUUGCUUCUUUUUAUUGGAAGAUAAUAACAACUACUUAUGCUGCUGGUUUUUUUUGUGGAAUAGUUUUUACAGGGAGUGAAUCAUUGGCUGCUAUGAUAACAGGUGUAUUAGUAUCUGAUAAAAGUUAUUAUUUCGUUGCGAAUGAUAUUUUAAUAGUAAAUGUUAUUAUAUAAUAUUAGUGUAUAGGGAUAGCAUUAACAUCAAGCAUAUCUUUAUUAUUAAGUAAAUCUAAUUUUGAAGGUAUGAUUUAUGUAAUAAUUGGAAUAUUGAUUUUGAAUAUUUUAUCACUUAUUCAUGCUUAAAGAAUCUUUAAAGCUACAAUUAAGAAUUCUAAAGUAUAAUUACUAGAAUGA